AUGCUCUCGGUGUCGCUUCUGUUCACUUCACUUGCCCUUGCCUCUGCCCUGGAGAACUCGACAGAUGCCUCGUGUCUCUUGGCAGCAGCACACCGAAAUAAGCAGACCUCAGCAAGGGCCGCCCUCCGCGAUCCGAGCGAUCCUUCUGGCCCUGUUUCAGAAGACUUUGAUGAGAUCCAGGAGAAUUACACGGACCAGGCCGUUGAAGCGACCCAGGAGAAUGAGGAGAAUUACAUGGACCGGUGGGCGCAGAAAUGGAUGGAGCAGUCCAUGUGGAAUUUGGGCAAAGAGUUCCUUGCCCUGAUGUUGAAGACUGCCAUAACAGGGGUGCUCGGCGAUGUCGUCGCUGCUUUUGUCAAAGCCUUUUGGCCACCUCAAGUUCAGAAAGAAAAGAGGAUGAUGGAGAUCAUCAUGCAGUGGACCAAGAAGUACGUUGAUGCACAGUUUGCGGAGAACUUGCGCGAGGAGGUCAGCGCCCUACUGGAGACAUCAACGAGAGAUCUUCUCCAAGACUUCUACGUGCCAUGCAUCGAGAAGCUGAAGAAGGAAGCCGAGAAGGCCUGGUGGUUUCCCCAGGAUACCUUCGUGCAGUGCCUGGGCCACUUGACACAUGGAGCGCUUCCGCCAGCGCUCACAGCCCGAAAUCGGGUGUCUGGCAGCAAAUGGCGUGGGGGCAACAUCCCCACUUACUUGAUGGCUGCCAGCGUUGUCAUGACCCUGUAUCAUGAAUACUACACGGCAAUGGUCUUCCGGGAGACUUGGAAGAGGUCACCUUUCGCAGAGCUUCCAGACGCAGAAUCCAACGUGAGUCAGAGUGAUGAUGCGCUGCAGUGGACGCACACAUCUAAGGAGAUCAUCAAGCUGAUGCAGGAUCAGUACGACAGGGUUUCCGAAGAAUUGGAGGGCAUGGUGAAAGAGUGGCAAGCCUGGCGCGCUGACAGGAUCUCUUACAAAGAAACGCGGAAGUGUGAGCCGGGGACUCACCGCUCGGGCUACGACUGCUGGUGCGCGAUCCAGCUGGAAGACCAGCAUCGAGACGGACCGCUGAAGUUCGACACGAAGCCCAAAUUGGUUGAAGACUGUUGGCUGGACAAAGAAGGGCGGAAGGAACUCCUCCAAGGGAGGGUGGAGACCAUGUACAACCAGAACACCUUCGCUCUGGAGCUGGUCCCGAUGCUGCGGACUUUCACGUCCCUCCACCGCCUAAUCCCGGGCCGCGAGAAGGAGCCGCUGCUUCCUGGGAGGGUUCUGCCCAAGACCUUGGUCAUCGGCACCGUGUCCACAUGGCUCACCUUGAGCUGGUCCAUGCACGGCGACACCGUGGAUCGCUGGUCCUAUGCUGACAAGGGCCCCCCUAAACAGGAUGGCUCCAUUCGCAGGAUCCGGAGCCGCGAGGGUACCAUCCUGGAUCAGCUUAUCGUUGAAUAUGAUGACUCAUACAGGAAAUACAAGACUGUGGAGCUACCUCCGGGAGCCUGA